CUGCUUGAUAAAUCAAUAUUCUGUAGCUAGUGGCUACCGCGUAGGGCACUCAAAAAAUUUAAAACUCCAACAUCUAAAUCACGCUUCAUAUUUUGCUGCAUUAUUUAUUUUCCUAGAGGGGUAAAGCAUCCCAUUUCUUAAAUUUGAGUGUUCCCACCUUACUUCACUGAGCAUGAGUUGUUUGACCCUUCUUCUUCUGCCUCCUCUUGGCUUCCACAUACAGACCCUCUGCCCUGCCUCUAUAUAUUUAUUCACUCAAACUCACACAUGACAAACUCAUUUAAACACAAAAUGGGUUCGGCUUCGGUUCCUUUCAUUAUUGGUGUAGUUGUUUUAGUAAUGAUGAGUCUGUUGUUGAAAGUGGAUGGGGGAGUUCAAACGACUCUUGAAGGACCCUUCAAGCCAGUGACGGUUCCACUUGACAAGAGCUUCCGUGGAAACGCCAUGGACUUGCCAGAUACAGAUCCUCUUGUUCAGAGAACUGUUCAAGGUUUUGAGCCCGAACAAAUCUCUCUUUCUCUCUCCUCAUCUUAUGCCUCCGUUUGGAUUUCUUGGAUAACAGGGGAGUUCCAAAUUGGGGACAAUAUAGAACCAUUAGAUCCUGAAAGUGUUGGUAGCAUAGUUGAGUAUGGAAGGUAUGGAAGGACCAUGUCCCACAGAUCCAAGGGUUAUUCCCUUGUUUAUAGUCAACUUUAUCCUUUUGAAGGCCUUCAGAAUUACACUUCUGGAAUUAUACAUCAUGUUCGCCUCACAGGAUUAAAACCAAACACACUAUAUCAAUACAGAUGUGGAGACCCAUCAUUGUCAGCAAUGAGUGAAGUUCACUAUUUUAGGACUAUGCCAGAGUCAGGGCCAAAUAGCUACCCAAGCAGAAUAGCAGUGGUUGGAGACUUGGGUCUUACAUACAACACCACAUCCACAGUUAAUCACAUGAUUAGUAACCAUCCUGAUCUUGUUCUGUUGGUUGGAGAUGUUAGUUAUGCUAACAUGUAUCUCACUAAUGGCACCGGCACUGACUGCUACUCUUGCUCAUUUUCUGACACUCCUAUUCAUGAAACUUACCAGCCUCGUUGGGAUUAUUGGGGAAGGUACAUGCAACCUCUGAUCUCCAAUGUCCCAAUAAUGGUAAUUGAAGGUAAUCAUGAAUUAGAAGAACAAGCAGAGAACAAGACAUUUGUUGCUUAUAGUUCUCGAUUUGCAUUUCCAUCAGAAGAGAGUGGAUCAUCAUCCACUUUAUAUUAUUCUUUCAAUGCUGGGGGUAUACAUUUCAUAAUGCUUGGUGCCUACACAUCAUUUGACAAAUCAGGGGAGCAGUACAAGUGGUUGGAGAAGGACUUGGCUUCUGUUGAGAGAGAGGUAACUCCAUGGUUGGUAGCUACAUGGCAUCCACCUUGGUACAGCACCUACACCGCACAUUUUAGAGAAGCAGAGUGUAUGAGGGUUGAGAUGGAAGACUUGCUAUAUCAAUAUGGUGUUGACAUUGUCUUCAAUGGACAUGUUCAUGCAUAUGAAAGAUCAAACAGAGUAUACAACUACACAUUGGACCCUUGUGGUCCUGUUUAUAUCACAGUCGGCGACGGUGGCAACCGGGAAAAGAUGGCAAUCACACAUGCAGAUGAACCUGGAAAUUGUCCAGAACCAUCAAGUACACCAGAUAAGCUUAUCAAUGGUGGUUUAUUCUGUGGAUUCAACUUUACAUCAGGUCCUGCACAAGGUAAAUUCUGUUGGGAUCGACAACCCGAUUAUAGUGCUAUCAGAGAAAGUAGCUUCGGCCAUGGAAUUCUGGAGGUGAAAAAUGAAACACAUGCUUUGUGGAUUUGGCAUCGUAAUCAAGAUUAUUAUGGCAUUGCUGGAGACGAGAUUUAUAUUGUUAGGCAGCCUCAAAAAUGUCCGGUCAAGCCAAAGGUACUUAAAAACCUGGAUAUGGCUCCAGCAACCAUAUUUAAAUAUUUAAAAGAAUUUGUUUAUUCUAAAAUUUUGUAGGCCAAUCAUUUUUUGUGAAAUAGUUAGACCUGAAUAUUCUAAAUUUUUAUUAUUCUAGAUGUAUACAUAUAUAUGAAUCAAUAUAUUUUACAAUUAGUGCAAACGUUUAAUGUAUUCUACUAGUGUUAACUA